CUUGUUCCAGCAGCAGUCCCGCAGAGCAGAAGUACCAGCAUGGCGCUCGGUGAGGCUGGAGUUCCGUUGUCUCUCUUGUAUUGUGUUUCUCAUGUCAGGUUUUACUCCACUAUCUGAUAGAGGUCUGCGAUCCCUGCGCGGUGUGCGCCUCUAAACAAAACCUGUCUGGGUAAAAACGGCAGCAUUUGCCUGCUGGAUACUCACAGAGAAGUGGUUUGUAGAUAUCUGAGAAGGCUUGCUAACUAGCAAGGAGGCAAAAAAAAAAAAAAAAAAUUACGGGAGAUACAGAGCAACAAGAGGAGGAGUCCUGUUCUGGAAGAGCUGAUGCAGGUGCCAUGGCAAUAGCCGAGGCAUGGGAGUGACGUGACAGUACUUGAUGUGCUUCCAAACAAAAACCUUAUCAGCAUCAUGUUUUUCUGCUGAAUUAGAGGCAGAACACACAGAAAAUGGACGAGUCCGUGUUGUUGGAUUUGCUCGAGUGCCCCGUUUGUCUCGAGCGGCUAGAUGCCUCGGCAAAGGUUCUUCCUUGUCAGCACACCUUCUGCCGGCGUUGCCUCCAAGGCAUCCUUGGCUCACGCGGGGAGUUGCGCUGCCCAGAGUGCCGGACGUUGGUUGAGUGUGCCGUGGAUGAACUUCCCAGCAACAUCCUACUUGUGCGGCUCUUGGAUGGAAUCAAGCAGAGGCCACGGAGGGUUGGCCCUGGGGCAGCAGUCUGCACAAAUGGUACAUCUGGAGCCAUGGCCAGGGCACAUGGAAGUGGAUCCCGGGACCAGGGCACCCCGGGAGCACAACCCCAGCGAGCUCAGGCUAAGAGCACCCUCGUCCGGGGCGUACCCCAGCUCCCGUGUGCCAAGGCACUCUACAACUACGAUGGCAAGGAACAAGGAGACCUCAAGUUCAGCAAGGGUGACAUUAUCAUCCUGCGUCGACAAGUGGAUGAGAACUGGUACCACGGUGAGAUGGGUGGAGUCCACGGCUUUUUCCCCACCAACUUUGUGCAAGUUAUUAAGCCGCUGCCACAGCCGCCGCCUCAGUGCAAAGCUCUCUAUGACUUUGAGCUCAAAGAUAAAGAGGCCGACAAGGACUGUCUGCCCUUCUCAAAGGACGAUAUCCUGACUGUGAUUCGCAGAGUAGAUGAAAACUGGGCAGAGGGAAUGCUGGGAGAUAAAAUUGGAAUUUUCCCCAUCUCGUAUGUUGAGUUCAAUUCGGCAGCUCGUCAGCUUAUAGAGUUGGACAAGCCGUCCGACUCCAGUGGAGACUCCGGGGAAGGGGCCUCCUCAGGGCCUCAGACAAAUGGUGCCCAGCGGGCAGGGGAGAAGAAGAACAGCAAGAAACGCCAUUCUUUCACCUCUCUCACCAUGUCGCACAAACCCAUGCUAGCGCCUCCCCCCCAGCGCCACUCCAUGGAGAUUAGCGGGCCAGUCCUCAUCAGCUCCAGCAACCCCACGGCAGCAGCUCGAAUCGGAGAGAUCAGCGGGGGCCUCUCCUGCAGCGCACCUUCACAGGUACAUAUUUGCACAACUGGACUAAUUGUGACCCCGCCUCCUAGCAGUCCUGUUACUACAGCAACCGUCUUCACAUUUCCCUCAGAGACGAGCUACACAUCCAUCCCUGUGGAUGCUCUCCCACCACCCCCACCGCCUCCCCCCCAGUCCUCCGUCGGUGGAGCUGCAUAUUCGCUGGCUGCCGGACAGAGACCCUCCCCCAGCAUAAGCGACCAAAGUGGGAGACAAAGACCCACAGUCUAUGUGGCAAUGUUUCCCUACACUCCUCGAAAGGAGGAUGAACUGGAGCUGAGAAAAGGAGAGAUGUUUCUGGUGCUGGAACGCUGUCAGGAUGGCUGGUUCAAGGGCACGUCCAUGCACACGGGCAAGAUUGGAGUCUUUCCUGGGAACUACAUGAGCCCCGUCAGCAGGACGGCGUCUGGGAGCUCUCAGCCCAAAGUGCCCAUGAGUCUGUGCACUCAGGCAGGCAGAGGUGUCACCAUCGUCAGCCCCUCUUCAGCUCCCCUUGGAGCCAUUGUUUCAGGGCCUGAUUUUAACAAACCGCUCACUGUAUGCCCCGCCGCUGCACCUGCCAGCUCCCAGCCUGCAGCGGUGGUCACCACAGCUCAAACAGCUACAGGCCAACAGCCAAAAGUCUCGCUGCACGUCACCUCCCAGAUGACCGUGAAUCAGGCUCGCAACGCGGUCAGGACAGCUGCAUGUCACAGUCAGGACAGGCCCACAGCAGCAGUGACACCAAUACAGUCUGCAACACCGGUGACGUAUCUCCCACACCUCGCAGUGUGCUCGCAGCCCGGGUCAAGUCCUGCACAAGGCUGCACUCGAGUAGGGGUGGCAAUGGGCUGCGCAGCUGCCUCCUUGACCCCACCCAAUGUAAGCGCUGCAUCUUUGGAUAGUGACGCUUUGAGACCUGUACCUGUCCUCACUGUGCCUGUCGGCCCUGGGAGCAACUCCGCUCUCAAUCCCACGUCUAACAAUGCAGCUCCUGCCUGCAGACUGGAUAAAGACAUCAAGCAGAGAGAAAAGAAAAGUCUUCUGAAGCUGUUGUCCUCCAAUAAGAAGAAGUCUCGCCCUUCGCCCCCCUCCUCUCCUACCCUUGAGGCAGAGCAGGCCGCUGCUGCUGGAGAGGUGCUACAUGGCGCUGUGGGCCCUGACACCUCCCCUCCCUCUGGCCCAGCGAGCUGCCUGGAGCCUGAACCUGCUGCUGCUGCUGCUGCUGCUGCCGCUGCUGCCGCUUCUGCCUCGUCAUCCUCUUCCUCCUCCUCCUCAGUCCCAGAGUCCUCCCAUCGGAAGAGCAGUCCCCUUGAUGGAUGUGUUCCUAUCGCUCCUCCUCCCCGCCAGCCCUGCUCCUCUCUUUUAUCUCAACAGCAUGACGCACGUCCCAUCAUAUGUGAGAGGUACAGGGUGGUUGUAUCAUAUCCUCCCCAGAGCGAGGCAGAGCUGGAACUUAAGGAGGGCGACAUUGUGUUUGUUCACAGGAAGAGGGAAGAUGGCUGGUUCAAAGGCACGCUGCAGAGGAAUGGCAGGACGGGACUGUUCCCUGGCAGCUUUGUAGACAUCAUUUAAUACAUGCACGUACACACACGCACACACACGUUACAGUGAUCCAACUGACUGCUGCUAGCCUCGUUAAGGUGUCACCGCUCCCAAGGAUGCUUGGACAGGUCAACCACGAUGACACUCUAAGUCUUGAAAUAGACCACGGUUGGCACUCGAGAGCGCUGCAGAGAAAAAUCAAUGAAAGCACAUUGGACAGAGUUAGAGGAGAGCACACACUACUCAUGAACUUUACUUUUUUUUUGUUGGUUAUUUAUAUCUUUGUAACAAUUCAACUGUUAAAUGUGUGCCUUGUACUGUUCCUCACUUUAUUGUACAUAAGGACACAAAUAUGAUUAGUCCUAAAACAUCCAGUAUGAACUGUUUAUCCAUAUGUUACACAUUUUAACUUAUUUCAUAGAUCAACCUUUUUGUAGUGCCACAUGUUAAGGGGUUAAGUAAAGCACACGCCUUAUUUUAAUACAUCAGAUUUUCUUUUCUCUAUAUGACUGCUGUUUCAGACUGUCAGAAGGCAGUAUAUUAGGUGGAACAGAUCAGAACAAAUUGUGCUGCAGAGUAGAAAAUAAGAUACUUCUCCUCCGAAGGCAUUAUUGAAUCCGGGGGAUCCUAACAGAGAUCUGCUGUAUUGCACAUUUGAGUACUCCGCUUUGGCAAAUUAUUUCUGUGUGCCAUUCACAGGCAUCUAGUUUUUUCUCGCGGUGUGGUUGCAGUGUAAAGGGCUGAUACUGCAUUGAUCAAACAUUUGCAUGUGAUUAGCAAAGCCAUCCGCAGGAGGCAAAGUGCUGACAGAUGUGCUGCGGGACUGUUUGGCUCUGCCGUUUUUAAUAUGCGAAAAACACUCCAAAAUGGACUCAAAUGAUGCUUACUUUGUACCUUCUUUAUAUUUACUGACCAGAGUAGCUGCUCUCCUAACCUCCCUCCCUCGGCAGUAGCCAAACCUGGACAGAGCGCUCCAUCACGGGAGCGACAUAACAUUUCAGUAACAGUGCACGGCCGAUUCCUUUCAGUGUGUAUUUAUUUUAUGUUAGCUACACAUUUCAGAGACGCUGACACCUGCUGCUCAUAGAGAGAGUGUCAUAUAACUAAUCGGACACAGUCGCCCCUCAACGGGCUCCGUUUGUGAACACGAACUCAUUCCUAAUGUGACUUGUGGCAAUAAGAAACACUGCUAGCUAAAGCACAGAAUGUUUGCCUAAAGUAGCAUAUUGUAUCGCUCCACAGGAAGAGGUGCAUUCAAUCUGUUGAAUCCAAUCGCAAAUUUUUAUUGAAAUCAAUCACAUUGAGCCCUUGAUUUUUUUCCCUGUUUUUCAUGGUUGAGCGAUUCAAAGUUUGUUUCUUGUUUUUCUGUUAAUUGUUGUACUGACUUGAAUUACUAUAAGAUUUCUUAGUGAUUGGAGGGGAUUUGGCUGUAGGUUUGGUGCUUGUUGAACUGAAAAUGAAUUAGCAAUUUUAGAAUACUUUUAAAAAAAUGAAAGUGUAAUCUUCAUAAAAGAUCAUUCUUCUUUGCCUUGAAGUUGACCAGUUAUGCUCAUUUUUAAUUUUGGACUCGAGUAUUAGCUUUGCACAACUCACAGUUGGAAAUAAUACUUGUUUAUCUUACACUGGGGCAUUGGUGCAGCCUCUGAGUUCUUCCUCUGAAACAAGCAGUUUAGUUCCUCUACUUUUAAACCAGCUUUUAUCUGAUUGGCUACACCUAAUAAACAAAAGGCUUUUGAUGAUAGAGGAGCCAAAAUUGUUCAGGAGGCAUGCGGUGUCUCACUCUAAGAAGGUCCUGGGUUCAAAUCCAGCAGUGAGUUGGGGCCUUUCUGUGCAGUAUGUUCUCUGUGGUUUCUCUCCAGGUGUUCCAGCUUCAUCCGCAGUACUUAGACUUCCAUUUUUAGCUGAACUAGUGUGAAUGUGAGCAUGAAUGGCUGUCUGUCAAUCUGUGUUAAGCCUGUAAUAGACUGUACCCCACCUCUUGCCUAUUGACAGCAGGAAUUGGAUAGGUAGAAGGACAGAUGGUUACUCUAUUAGGUUAUCAGUUUUAAUCUGGUUAUUUUUUAGUUAUUAAUUAACUUAAAGAAAUUUAAACAAAAUGUGUUUUUAUUGGGGAUUUUCCUGAAUUUUAUAUAUUGUUCACAUAAUUUGGGAAGCAUGAUGGUACAGUAGGAACUUCCGGUCCAUCCGGCCGGUGUCCACUGUGAGACGGCAUCAUCAGACGACAAUGGACUCAAGAAGAGAGGCGAGUGCAAUGGAAAGCCAAAGAGACGAUCCAGCUGGCACCUCUGUCAUGCACCACUUUUGGCAGAAACCUUUAGACUGAUCUUGUCAACUUUAAACUGGAAGUGAGUUUGGGUUUUCUUAAGAGGACUAAACGUACAACAGUGUAAAAAAAUAAAGGUGUUUGCUUGAUUUAAAACACAAUACAUGAAGUAAACCUGCUAGUGAAAUAUGUACACUUUUAGUUGUUUGAUCCUGACCAAUCGGAUUUAAAUUUAAAUCCAAGUCACUGCCCAGCCUGAGGUGGGUGAGGCUGCUCUGCUUAUAGAGCUACAUUGAGUCCACAGCUUAGCAGUUUGUGCUUAGAUUGAAUUGCUUUUAAAGUCUAAACUCUACCUGGUUCCAAGUCAGUAUGAUUAGUGUAGACACAUUGGGCUCAGGUAUAAAUGCAAACAAUGACAGGACUAAUAAAUAAAGCUUGAAGCAUAGCUUUAUUUAGAAGGAUAGGACGCUGACAUUUUACAGAGCCAGAAGUAGAAAGAUCUGUCUGAAACCAGGAGUUUACUGCACUUUGAUGCUCGAGCUUAAUUGGUGACCUCAUUAUGUCAAACUUUGGCUAUUUGUAAUAAAGCAUCCACCUUUGUACAAAAGCUGUAUCACAGAAAAGAAGGAAAAGCAUAGUAGGUUCACUUUUAAAAGCCCUCUGAAAAAUCAAUGAAACCCUUUAGAGUAAACGCAUUACUGUGAACCCACCCCCCACCCACACCUCCUCGCCUAAGGGGACCUCACAUCAGUUAAUGUAAUGUGACUUAUUCAUCAGAUUUUUUUUCAGGAAGUCGUUUGAGGUCCGUGGGGUGUUUAAACAUGUUGAGGCAAUCACUGAAUCGUGCCAAAUUUGGCUUUGAGAAUGAGUUUGACGACUGAUUUAGACCCAGAGUUUCAAGCGUGUGUGAUAAUUAUUUUUUAAGUCUUUUGUUGUUAAUUGAGGGGACCACUGUGUAACUGACUGCUGGAAAUAUGUUGUCAUUUGCUUGAAAUUUGGAGCGAGGGCGGAAAGCGAUGGUACAAAUCACUGUUAGGGCUUCUUUUUAUAUAGAAUUAAUCUGAUGUUUUCUUGUCGUCUUGGCCGUCACCACACCAACCUCGGGCGCUCUGCUCAAACUCUCCCUCAUCGAGUGUCUUUUCAUUUCACUGGGAAGCCUUUAAUAUACAGACAUACUCCUACACAGAUGCACACAGUUAUACUGGCAUACACACUACCGCACCGUUUCAAAUCAUACUGACGUCUCGUACAUGUUUUUCAUGCAUAGGCUGCACAGUUUACAACUCAGAAUAUGAAGCAUUUCUUAAAAUAAUUACUAGUCUUCAUUUAUCCAAACACACGGCAACUUAAGUUUGCUCAGUCCAGCUUAACAGAUUUCUUAUAUGCCAAGGUGACUUACUUGAUUUUUUUUGUGUUGUUUUUUAAGUCUGUA